AUGGCUUUUCGCGGUGAACGCUUCCUUCUCGACCUAGAUGAGGAAUCUGGUACUCCAGAAAUCCCUUCUCCAUUCUCUCUCGUCGGCGAGAUCCAAGAACGGGCUCCUUCCACCGCCAUUCCCCCCGCGCCUAAACUGCCGACCUUGUCGGCGUCAUCGACUGGAUUCCCUGCCCCUCGCCAGCGCAAGCCCUCUUCCUUCAAACAGCGACGAGCAAACCAGCCCACUCCUCCGGCUCCUGCCCCUACUGAACCGACCGCCCAAGAUGACAAGAAACGUAUCGACGAGGAGAACCGCCGUCAGCUGGCGGCCAUGUCGGACGCGCAGAUCCAACAGGAACGAGAGGAGCUGAUGGAACAGAUGGAUCCAGGACUUCUGGAACGAUUCCUCCGCAGAGCAAACAUCGAAGAGGACCAAAAGGCUGAAUUUGAACCGCCGGCACCUGUGGCCGACGAAAAAUCCAAACCAAAAAAAUCAGUUUCGUUCGAUAUUCCUUUGUCUGCACCGGUUUCUGCACCAACCGCACAGUCUCAUUCUCUACCAAAACCAUCACCUAAGCCGCACCCCCGUAAUGAAGAUCUCGCUCCAACCACCCUCCCACAAGACCUCCACCCGGCCUCUGAACGGCCCUCCCUUGACCCCGCUACUCUCGAAACCUUCCACUUCCCCCAGCCAACAGCGCCGAUGCCAGUCCUGGACCCAUCUUCACCAUCUUUCCUAUCAGACCUCCAGUCACACUACUUCCCCGAGAUAGCCCAGGACCCAUCAACGCUCUCUUGGCUGCAGCCCCUCUCUGCCGACGAAGAAGACCCAGACUCGACAUCAGCCUACCACCCAGCCAGCAACGCCAUCUCAAUGGCGCCCUCGGCAAUUCGCUUCUCGCUAAGAGGCACCAUUCUUGCCCCCGAAACAUCCCUCUCCCUCCCGACAACCAUGGGCCUGCACCAUCACGGCGAGGAUCCGCAUGCCGCGGGCUACACGAUCCCCGAGCUAGCGAUUCUGGCACGCUCAACGUUCCCCGCUCAGCGAUGCAUCGCAUGGCAGGUCAUUGGCCGGAUCUUAUUCCGUCUCGGUCGGGCAGAGUUUGGAGAUCGGGGCGGGCAGCUGUCCGAUGGACUGUGGUUUGUUAUUGAAAAGGAGGGCAUUGUUGCUGGUAUGCUUGCCGAGGCCGAUGGCGCUGCUGGUCAGACCCAGGGUAGAGAUAAGGGCAAAAAUACAAAAGAGGCCGAGGAGGGUAAUAACUUGCCUCUUGCGUCCGGUGUUGGUCGCCAUGCUAGUGCUGCUGCGUGGGCGGUUGAGGGUAUCUGGUUGUGGCAGAAGGGUGGUGGUGGUGAUCGUGGGUUGUUGAAGGAAGGCCAGCAUCGAUCUCUAUAG